UCGAGAAUCUGCCACGGCCUCAGUCACUCACGGGCGCCUAUCCUACAAAUAAUCCAAGCAUCAGCCUCGUCAUCUCUACUAUUUUACGCCACGCUCAGCCAAAAUAAUUCAAAUCCCAUAUGCUUUUCAGUCACAGGCCAGGAACAUUACCUUGACGUAACCAGUAGAUGAAAACUAUCACCGCCGUGCUCCUUUUAAUAACAUCCGUAGACCCCCCACCCCUUCUCCCAAUAUAUAUACAAGCCCCAUCCCUACCUGAAAGCACUCACUCGCCGAGAGAAGAGAGAGAGAGAAACAAAGCCUCUUUUCCGAUUCCAAUCUGUAGAGAGAGUCAUAUGGCUGGCUCCGGUGCGUGCAUGGUUGUGGUCCUCGUGGUGGCCAUGGCAGUACUGCUGGCGCCGGCUCGCAGGGCGGCUGCGAUGACAUGCUCGGAUGUGUAUGGGGAUCUGCUGCCGUGCGUCGAGUACGUCCAGGCGGGCGGGGCGGUGGCGCCGGAGUGCUGCAGCGGGGUGCGAUCGCUCCUGGCUGCGGCUCGCACGGCUGAUGACCGCCGCACGGCCUGCAGGUGCCUCAAGACCGUUGCGGCGAAGUUCUCCGGGUAUGUCAGCCGGGCCAACUCGAUCCCGGGCAAGUGUGGCGUCUCCAUCCCUUUUAAGCUCAGCCCCUCCAUGGACUGCUCUAAGAUUCAUUGAAGUGGCUGUUGAGGAGGCUUCGUGGAAGAAGGAACGAGCUAGUCCAGAGAAUAAUAAGAGGUUGUCUUGCUCCCUGUGUGUGCCAUUAUUGGAGUUGUUAACAGCGGGUCUUACAGUGUCGGUGAUAGCAUGCUUGUCCCUAUUUUAUCAUCUAUGAUCUCAUCUUGAUAAGAAAGGCUAAGGUAUUAAAAAGCAUCUCUCUCGCCGACCUACUUCUUGUGAGUUAGUGCGCGUUUGCACGCCAGAUCUAGGAAUAAAAAAUAGACCUGUCAACAUUAUCUA